AUGCCUUCUUCUCCCAAGCCUAUAGACCCCCCCGGGGGUUCUUCUUCUGUGUGGCAGCAGCAGGCGGUGCCUGCCGCCUGUGCUGCUGCUGCAGUUGCUGCUGGUGCUGCAGCAACGCUGCACUUCGCUGGGCGCCACCUUUACCUGCAGCAGCAGCAUCAUCAUCAUCUACCUCUGAUACCACAGCAGAGAACAAGGAACCAGCAGCAGCAGCAACUGCAGCAACAGCAGCAGCAGCAGCAGCAGCAAGCAGCAACCCAGCGCAGGCGGUUUCCCGCGCGGCAGAGGGCUGCUGCGGCGGGGGCUCUGGUGGCUGUGGUUGUUUAUCUGUUGCAGAAGAAGAAGAAGAAGAAAAAGAAGAAGAAGAAGAGGAGGAGGAGGAGCAGCAGCAGCAGCAGCAGCUGCAUGCAGACCUAG